CGAUGAAGAGAGCCUCAUUAUUAUAAAGAAAUAUGGAGAGGCAAUCCCCAACAAUGAUAAGAGAGAAAACAUAAUAAGCAUUGGCACAGUGGUGCAGAGACAGAACGAAGAUGACGUAUCAAUCGAAACACAACUCUUCCUCGAUAUGCUUAUGAUGGUUUAUGUCAAAGGCAAAGAGAGAAAUGAGGAAGAAUGGGCAAAGCACUUCUUUGAUGCCAACUUCAGACAUUGGGCUUGA